AUUAAGUAAUUAAAUAUUGUAAUUAAUAAAACUAUCGAUGAUAUUUAGGUUAGAAUGACCUAAAAAUAUUUGAUAAAAUAAUUUAAUAUAUAAAUUACAAUUUUUAAAGUUUCAAAUAAAUUUUAAAACAAUGGAUGAGAGUCCAGUUAUGAAGCGACCUAAACCAAGUGACAGUGAAGAAGAAUUGUUUCGUAUGCAAGAAGAAUUUAUAAGAAAUAAGCGACAACCAUCAGCCAAAGUGAUUAAUUUAAGAAAAUCUGAAACAUUUUUAAAUACUAGUUCUGCUGUAGCUACUGACAGUCAAACAAAUUCUAACAAAAUAAGAUCAAAAUUUUCUGAAUCAAAAAGAUUAAGAAAUCGUGACAGGGUAUCUACUUCUCAAAGUAGCGGUGAUGUUAUAAAUCCUGUGAUUAAAGAAGAAGCUGGGAAAAAUCUCAACUCUGGAUUGAAGGAUUUUGUUCAUAAUAUGCAAAUAGCACCUUCAACAAUAAUAUUAGGAAAUAUCAUUGAAAAGAAAUACAAUACAUGCGACUAUGAAUUUGAUAAAAAGGAAUUUCUUUGUUCCAAUAAUGGUUUUCCUGAAGUCUUCGUGUCUAAACACAUGAAAAAUGAUAAGACUGCAAGUUUAUUUUUGCACGAAAUUUCUCAUAAAAGCAUUGUUAGAAAUGAAAUAGAAAAAUCUGAAAAGAUUGAACCUUUAUGUAAUACAGAUAGUAGUGUUAUUGUAGAAGGAUCAUGGGCAAAUGAAAUACAUAAAGAAAAUUUGGAACGAUUAAGCCAAAUGAAUCAAGAGGAUAUCCUUAAAGAAAAAAGUAAACUUGAGAUGACUUUAAAGCCAGAAUUAAUACAAUUUUUAAAAAAUAGAAGGGAAAAGAAACAAAUGGUAAAUAAGGCUCCAGAAGACAAUAAAAUAUCAAAUGGCAAAGCUCAAGAUCAAAAUGAAAAAUCUGUAAAUGCAGAAAAGUUAGUUGCAGAAGUUCCUAACAAAGAUCAUGAAGAUUUAGUCCAGAAUAAUGAUGUUGUAGCAAUGCAGAUAGAUGAAUUAAAACAAGAUAUACCCGAACCUUCAAAAGAAUUGAUGCAACAAGCUAAAGAGAAGGGUUGGGUGCAUAUGGAUUCUCUUGAGCCUGAAAAAUUAAAAUGGAUGGAAAAUAUACCUGAAAAGAAAGAUGAACCUGUUCCAGAUGAACCAUACAAUGCUCGUUUUGACUUUAAUGGUGUAUUAUUAGCAUACAAGGACAACAGUGUACCUAUUGAAAAAGGUCUCCAUCAUCAUGGAGAAGAACCCGAACGUCCUGGUUAUUCUUUACAAGAAUUAUUGCAACUGAGUCGCUCAUCAGCACAACAGCAACGCUGUACAGCUCUUACAACAUUAGCAAAUAUUAUAGAAAAAAGUCGCAAGGGCUGGUAUGAUAAAUCAUUACAACCUGCACCAUUGAUUGCAUUAAGUCAGAAAAAUCUUUUAUUACUAUUAAGAUUUUCUUUGGAUGAAACCUCAGUAGCUGUGAUCACAGCAUCUUUACAAGCACUAAGAGCUUUCUUAUAUAGCGAAGCGGAUGAAGUCUGUUUGGAUAGACUAUAUGGUUUCCGAAAUUAUAAAGAACCUGUUUUAGCAACACCAAAAACUGAUGUCGAUGAUAUAAGCAAUUUAAAAGAUCAUGAAUUAGUGCAACUAGAUGCACUUGCUGCUUUAUUAAGAACUGAUAUACUAUUAAGAAUUAGCUACAUUUUGAAUGAAAUACGACCACCGCCUGUUGCUGUAACUUGUGCAUUAGAAAUUCUAAUUAGACUUGUAAGACAUUCGCCCAUUACUGUCUUAAAAAUGAUAAAUUCUCCAAAUCUAUUGGAAACAAUAAUUGGGCAUUUUAUGCCUUUGUCUACAGAUGCAUUGGCAAUGACAGAUAAUAUAAAUAAUGUGUAUGGUGUGCCAGUAGUGGCUGCAGUUAGAUUCUGUCGUAUCUUACUUUGUUAUGGAGGAAAAGUUGUUGCUCAAAAAUUAAAUAGUCUUAAAAUUAUGCAACGCAUCAUAUCAUACGCCAGUUGUGAUGCAGGGAAGGGAAGUUUUAAUCUUAUCAUCGAAAAUUUACGUUUGUGGAGAACAUUGUUAUUGCAUGAAGAAGCCAUGGAUAGUUUAACUGGAGCACAAUUAUUUCUUGUGUCACAGUUACAGCUUCUGUUGAGUAAUCACGAUAUUCAAAGCGCAUCUGAAUUAUCUUGUGAAUAUGCAGCAGCUUUAAUUGCUGUUGCAAGUUGCUUGCCUUCGCUAAAAGCAAAUAUGAAGGUCUUACUGUCCAAAUGGAAUACACAGCUAUUAUCCUUAAACAAUUUCACGUGGGGAAAUACGAAACUUAUCGCAGAAACGUUAUUAGCAGUUAGUGAUAGUAAUGCGAUUAAAACAUUGAACAUAUCUCGAUCGCAAGUAUUUUCUAAACUUAGUUCUACUUCAAAUUUGUUAAGUGAUUGUUCUUUAGCUUUUGAGCGCGAGCCUUCCGCUUUGCCUCAUCUGGGAGUAUUAACCUAUGAAGGGCAAGUGCAACAUAUUGUGUCUCAUCAAUCUUGUAUGCCCUUUCUUGCAACAGCUUUAAAUGUAUUCAUUGAUCAUUCUUUCAUAGAAGAAAUUCAGGCAGUACUUAGUCUUCCACAAGUCUAUAGAUAUUUGGAAAGAUUAGAAACAACAGAUUGGUGUUUAGAGAGAUCAUGGUAUACAAGAUCUGAAUUGUCUUUUUUAGUUGCUAUAGUAAAUGCAACCUCUUUUGUUAAGGAUAAAUUAGAUAAUAAGACAAUGUACAUUAUUUGGAAAAUUGCUAUUAAACUCGUAUCAUCUUUACCUGCCGAUUGUCCAUCCGAUGUAAAGAAGAUGCUUAGAGUUUCACUAGCAAAGGAAAGAUUAAAUUUAGAAAUAGUAACGAGUGAAUUAGAGAAAUUAAAUCUGAAUUCAAAUAUUGGAGAUAUUAAAUUGAAUUUAAGUUGUGAUAUAUCUGGUUUAUACGAACGGUAUAUAGAAUUAGACGGUAAAUGGGAUCAAGCGGCAAUGCCUAAAGAUUGGCUUUAUUUACCUAUUGUACAUAUUUAUACAAAAUGUAGAAAUAAUAAUGCAUGUAACGAUGAUGAUAAAGCUGUCAUCUUAGCCGUAUUGAGUUUAGAAUUAGUACUACCAGAUUUGGUUGAAAAAUUGUCGCAAAGUUUGAGAUUUAGUAGAUUGGUACUUAUAUACCUGUGCGAGACGCUGUAUUUAAGUAACGAUGUUUCUGCUUUACUUACUAGAGCCGUGUCAACUUUAUUAAAAGAUAAUUACAAGAAGCUUAAUUUUACAAUAGAUUUGCCAGGACUUAAUUCUUUUACCGAUUUGUUUACUGCGAUGUGUGAACAUUUUUGUUCAACUUCCUAUGGUGAUUAUGGUUUUUCAAUGACCUUAUUGGUACCAAUUGCGCAAAGGCACGAUGUACAUUAUAGAAAAUUGUUAUGGUCGGAACAUGUAGGUUUGCUUCGAUAUGUUAGAUUACCAUUAGAACAGUUAGUUAUUCCUUUAAAAGAAUAUCUUUAUCCCCUUGAGGAAGAUACAUCUUUAAUAGAAAGUUAUAUAACAGCGCUUGUUAGGGGAAUUGUUAAACAAUGCUACUGUCCUAUUCCUUAUAUAAUUGCAUUACAUCAUUCUGCUAUGUACUUGAAACAAUCAAACAAAUUAGCGGUACGAAUGAGAACCCAAUUAGAAAAAAUACCUGAUAAAGUUUUGGUUACUCUUUUGUUAAAUUAUCAACCACCUACAUCUUAAAAUUUAAUUAUGAUUAAUGUUAUAAUAAAUUAUUAAUUUAAAGUCAGAAAAUAUAUGUAUAAUUUGUGGAAUAUGUAUAUAUGUUUAAUAUAUAUAUGAAGUAUGUAUGUUUGUCAAUAUAAUCUAUAAUUAACAGUAUUAAAUAAAUGAUUGAAGGAUUAAAUAAUUUAUUUCAGUCGGUUUUGAAAUAUACAGAUGUCAGUAUCAUUAGACAAAAAACUAAUUAUGCGAAUAAAGAAUAGGAACAAUCUGUGUUUACAUUUACGCAAAGUAUAGAGGCACUGUUUGGUCAUUUUCGCAGAUUGCCAAAAUUUGCAAUAAAUCAGUGCUAUAAUUAGAAAAGUAUAGUAAUCAGAAUUUAAUAUUUUAUUAAGAAUUUAUGAUUUAUGAUGUGUACUUGUAUGGCCAUGCAAAUAUGUGUGUAUAAUUAUACACUAAGGUAUACAUACAUACAUAUAUGUAUGGAUAUACAUCAUUUGUAAAUUAGCAUUUAUAAUUAAAGAUUUCACAUUCUUUUGUUUUUGAUUACAAAUAUUUGAGUCAAUAUAAUAUUAACAUAGUGAUGCAUCUAAUAUUGUGCGAAAAUUUAAACAAUGAAGCUUUAACAUCACACAAAUCAAAAUUUAUAUAAUUGAAACAAAAGUUACAUGACAGUAACGAAACUACAUAAACAAUAAAGAAUAACAACUGUAACAAAAUUA